AUGAACACCACUUGCGUCUUUUCUAUUGUCACAUCUUUCCCAAGAACCCCGAGCACAAAUGUGUCCCUCGACGAACAGGAGGCUGUGAGCUGUGUAGAUCACGCUUCAGAGCAUAUCCCAGAGACACUCUGGCCGCUAGCAUAUGAAUUAUUCAGCCGUCUUGAUGAGAAGAACAAGAGCCCCAAUGCUUUAAUUCAAGGUAUGAUUGAGGAGGCAAUGGCAAAGAAAGCAAAGCAGUUCAAGGAUAAACAUGCUGCGUAUAAAAAGGAGCUGAAAAAAAGAGAGCUUGAGUUUAAACGAGCGGCCAGCGCCGCAAACCACCCGUAUGAAACUCGAUACAAAAGUAUCGUGGCAACUGGUAUCAAGACAGAAGCUGCGUGCGACGGGGUGGAGAAGCAUACUCAGAUCACUAGCAGCUUGGAGGCGAUUCUCCAGCGUCUCCAUGAAUUACAGAAAGCCAUCGAGGAUGCCCAAAAAAGAAUCAAUAAGGUCGUCGACACGCUCGAGGUGUCAAACACCUGGAGAUCUUCUACUUUGCCUCUCAAGGAGGAGGAAAGUGAUGUGGCUUUUGAAGAAAAGCACCUCUGCGGCGUAGCCCAGCUGGUUCCCCUACUAUGUGGAGUGAUUGUAGCGUUCUUCCCCAUUUAUAUCGAUAAAUUCUUAGACUACUGGAGCAAAUAUGGCGAGCCUAGCGAACAUCCCGUACAAUGGCCUGCAAACCGAACAGCUGGUAUAAUACCCUUGCCCUGCCACUCACACAAUGACUACUGGAGACGAGUUCCUCUUUUCUCUGCCAUCCAAGCAGGCUGUAUUGGAGUCGAGGCAGAUGUCUGGCUUUUUGAUAACGACCUGUACGUUGGACAUAGUAAAUCGUCACUUGUCAACAACAGAACACUGGCGAACCUCUAUAUCAAACCACUUCUCGACCUUCUUGAGAAGCAAAACUCCGUUACUCAUUUUCGCCAUAUAAAGCCUACAGUUCCAAAGGGAGUAUUUGAUACGGCGCCUCAACAGACGAUUGUACUCCUUGUGGACUUCAAGACAAAGGGGCAUGAUAUCUGGCCCUACCUUAUUUCACAGCUACUCCCGCUCCGUGACCAGGGCUAUCUUACCCAUUUUAACGGGACGACUGUUUUGACAAGACCUAUUACGGUUGUUGCAACUGGAAAUGCUCCAUUCGAACUUGUUACGGCCAACUCUACUUACCAGGAUAUUUUUCUCGACGCGCCCCUAAGUCAAUUGAGUAGCUCUAAGGUUCCAGGAAUUGACACUGAAAACUCGAAUAGCAAUAGUUCCUACAACUUUAAGAAUAGCUACUAUGCAUCAUCCUCUUUUUUCAAGUCCGUUGGCUUUCCUUGGAACUUUCGAUUGUCGGAAGCACAACGGGACAUUGUAAGACGCCAAAUAAAAAGUGCUCACGACCGCGGCCUCAAAGUACGGUAUUGGGAUACCCCUAUCUGGCCACACUUUCUCCGCAAUCGAAUUUGGAUGGAGCUUGUUCGCGAAGGCGCAGACAUUUUGAACGUGGAUGAUUUACAAAGUGCCGCAAAUAAUGGGUGGCUUAGCUUUGCAAAAUAUGCUUAA